AUGUUUGGAAUUCCUUUUCCUGGAGCAUUUGGUCAUUUUGCUUUUCAAGAUGCAGAUUUUGAAGAUGAAUUUGAAGAUUAAUUUGCAUCUGAAGAUGUAGAUAAUAAAGAACUAUAUGAAAUAUUAGAAAUUCCUCAUUAAUCAGAAAUUAGUGCUGUUAAAUAAGCUUAUAAAAAUUUAGCCAAGAAGUAUCAUCCAGAUAAAAUAGGAGGUGAUGCAUAAAAAUUCUAAUUGAUUUAAAAGGCAAAUGAAGUAUUAUCAGAUGCAGAAAAAAAGAAAGUUUAUGAUAAAUAUGGAAAAUAAGGAUUGCUUAAAUAGUUAAAUGUAAAAAGUAAUAAAUUCAAAAAAUGUGAACCAUAUAAAUUAAAUCAUAAAAUAGCAUUAAAAGAUGUAGCCUUAGGAGCAUAUCAUAAAAAAACCAUAAAUAAUAUUAAAAGAUCCUGUGAAGAAUGUUAAGGAUAAGGGGGAAAGUAAUUAGUAACUUGUCUUUCAUGUAAAGGUUAAAAAAUAGUAUAGAUGGCAGUAGAAGUUUAACCUGGUAUAAAUAUGUUACAACAAGCACCCUGUCCUGAUUGUAGAGGGUAAAAAUAUAAUUAGGUUUCCUAUUAGAAAAGGAAAAGCUAUUACAAAAGAUGAUGAAUGCAAGAUAUGCAAUGGAUUAGGUAAUGUUGAAGGAGUUGUUGAAAUUGAAAUACCUAUUGAAAAAGGAGUUCCUGAUUAAUAUUGUGUAAAGUUAUAUGGCAAAGGAAAUUCUAAAGUAUUCUAUUUUAUGAUUAAAUUAGGUUGGAUCUGAAACAGGAGAUAUUCAUGUUUAUCUUGAAAUUGAAUAAGAUCCUAAAUUUAUUAGAAAAGGAAUUGAUUUAUUUUAUUAACAUACUCUAUCUCUGAAGGAAGCUUUAGUUGGUUUGAAUUUUGAAUUAGAAACUUUGGAUGAAAAGAUAAUUAACAUUACUACUGAUAAAAUAAUAAAGCCUAAUUAAAUAUUAACCAUAAAAGAUAAAGGAUUACCAACAUUUAAAGAUGAACUUCAUUUUGGAGAUUUGCAUAUCUAAUUUUAUAUUGAUUUCCCUAAAGAACUUGAUAAGAAUGUUACUUAAAAAUUAGCUGAGGUAAAUUUAAUGAUAUUAAUAAGAGAUAUUACCAGGACCUUCUUUUACACCUAAAUCUAAUAGUAUUCAAUUAAGUGAAUUUUAAUUUGAGGAUUUUGAAAAACAUCAAGCAAAAUUAGAAGAAAAUGAUGAUGAUGAGCAAAAUCAGAAUGGAAUUGAAUGUUCAAUGUUUUGA